UUAUUCAUCCUGAAGACUUAGCUGAAAUAAGCACUUUAUGGAAACACAGAAAACACACUAACCAAUAGCUCUGCCUUGGGGAGCUGGAGUGCAAAAUACAAGAGUGCAGUUUUCAUCAACAGGUACAGACCAAGCUGUCCAUUAGUAGAAGAACAAGGAAGCAUUGGAUGUCAACGCCUAACAAACUCUUGAGACCAGCUACCAAACCACGAAAAGUGACUUUCUUCCAGAGUGUUCUCACCCGUCCUUCUGAUGGAAGCAGAAACGGGGAGCAGCAUGGAGACAGGAAAGGGAGCCAGCAGAAGCACUCGAAUCGCCUUGGCAGUGUUCAUUGGUGUCACUCUGGUGCUGGGCACCGUCCUCUUUCUAGUGAGUCAAGGUUUCUUAAGUUUCCAAGCUAAACAGGAGUAUUGCCUGAAGCCAGAGUGCAUCGAAGCCGCUGCUGCUGUCAUGAGCAAGGUAAAUCUGUCUGUGGAUCCUUGUGACAAUUUCUUCCGGUUUGCUUGUGAUGGCUGGAUAAACAACAAUCCAAUUCCUGAAGAUAUGCCAAGCUAUGGAGUUUAUCCUUGGCUGAGGCAUAAUGUUGACCUCAAGUUGAAGGCACUUUUGGAGAAGUCAAUCAGUAGAAGACGGGACAUUGAAGCCAUACAGAAAGCCAAAAUUCUUUAUUCAUCUUGCAUGAAUGAGAAAGCGAUUGAAAAAGCAGGUGCCAAGCCAUUGCUCCACAUCCUGCGACAUUCACCUUUCCGCUGGCCUGUGCUUGAAGCAAAUAUUGGUCCUGAAGGAGUUUGGUCAGAGAGAAAAUUCAGCCUGCUGCAGACACUUGCAACGUUCCGGGGUCAAUAUAGCAAUUCAGUGUUUAUCCGUUUGUAUGUGUCGCCUGAUGACAAGGCAUCCAAUGAACACAUCUUGAAGCUGGACCAAGCAACACUCUCUCUAGCUGUGAGGGAAGAUUACCUUGAUAACAGCACGGAAGCCAAGUCUUAUCGAGAUGCCCUUUACAAGUUCAUGGUAGACACAGCUGUGCUUUUAGGAGCUAACAGUUCCCGAGCUGAGCAUGACAUGAAGUCAGUGAUUAGAUUGGAAAUGAAGAUAGCCGAGAUAAUGAUUCCCCAUGAAAACCGAACCAGUGAGGCGAUGUAUAACAAAAUGAACAUCUCUGAACUCAGUGCUAUGAUUCCUCAGUUUGACUGGCUGGGCUACAUCAAGAAGGUCAUUGACGUCAGAUUGUAUCCUCACCUGAAAGACAUUGGACCCUCAGAGAAUGUGGUGGUCCGCGUCCCACAAUACUUCAAAGAUUUAUUUAGAAUAUUAGGCUCUGAAAGGAAGAAGACCAUUGCCAACUAUUUGGUAUGGAGAAUGGUUUAUUCCAGAAUUCCAAAUCUUAGCAGGCGCUUUCAAUAUAGAUGGUUGGAAUUCUCACGGGUAAUCCAGGGGACCACAACUCUGCUUCCUCAGUGGGACAAAUGUGUAAACUUUAUCGAAAGUGCCCUUCCUUAUGUUGUUGGAAAAAUGUUUGUGGACGUCCACUUCCAGGAAGAUAAGAAGGAGAUGAUGGAAGAAUUGAUUGAGGGUGUUCGCUGGGCCUUUAUUGACAUGCUGGAGAAAGAAAACGAGUGGAUGGAUUCAGUAACAAAAAGGAAAGCCAAAGAAAAGGCAAGAGCUGUUUUGGCAAAAGUUGGCUAUCCCGAGUUUAUAAUGAAUGAUACUCAUGUCAAUGAAGACCUCAAAGCAAUCAAAUUUUCAGAAUCGGACUACUUUGGCAACGUCCUGCAAACCCGAAAGUAUUUAGCACAGUCUGAUUUCUUCUGGCUAAGAAAAGCUGUUCCUAAAACAGAGUGGUUUACAAACCCGACAACUGUCAAUGCCUUCUACAGUGCGUCCACUAACCAGAUCCGAUUUCCAGCAGGAGAGCUCCAGAAGCCUUUCUUUUGGGGAACCGAAUAUCCUCGAUCUCUGAGUUAUGGUGCUAUAGGAGUAAUUGUUGGACAUGAAUUUACACAUGGAUUUGAUAAUAAUGGCAGAAAAUAUGAUAAAAAUGGAAACCUAGAUCCUUGGUGGUCUCUGGACUCAGAAGAAAAGUUUAAGGAAAAAACCAAAUGUAUGAUUAACCAGUAUAGCAACUAUUAUUGGAAGAAGGCUGGCUUAAAUGUAAAGGGGAAAAGGACCCUGGGAGAAAAUAUUGCUGAUAAUGGUGGUCUGAGAGAAGCUUUUAGGGCUUACAGGAAGUGGAUAAAUGACAAAAGGCAGGGUGUCGAGGAACCUCUACUUCCAGGCAUCACAUUUACCAACAACCAACUCUUCUUCCUGAGUUACGCUCAUGUAAGGUGCAAUUCCUACAGGCCAGAAGCUGCCCGAGAACAGGUUCAAAUUGGUGCUCACAGUCCUCCUCAAUUUAGGGUCAAUGGUGCUGUUAGUAACUUUGAAGAAUUCCAGAAAGCUUUUAACUGUCCACCUAAUUCCACAAUGAACAGAGGCAUGGAAUCUUGCCGACUCUGGUAGUUGGAGUGCUGCUUUCUGCUGUCCAGAGAGAGCAGCCCAGUGUCAACAGAAGUGGCACUAAACACUCAUCGCCUACUGCUUUAGGCCUACAUUCCCCUGAGGGGUUUUUUAUUUUUAAUAUGUUUUUGUUAUUUGAGGAGAUGACCUGCCCCAUUCUAAACUAUCUGUUCGGGGUCAUAAAGCUUAAAACAGGGAAGGAAUAUAAAAUAUGAACCAAGGAUGUUUCUUUAAAAACAAAAACCAAACCAACAAAAGCAAAUCCCUAGGCUACUUUUGUCAAAAGAAAAAACACUCUCUGCUCAUAUUGCUAUUGCCCAUUGUCGUGUGUUAGCCACAGCUGAGUGGUACCUGCCAUCUCAUUCUAUAGCUUUGUGGGGAGCUUAAGUCAAAUGUACCCAUAAAAAAAGGAGCAGUCUAUUACAAUGAAGAAGAUGUGUGUACGGAUGCCUUCAAGGCCUUGCAAUUCCUUGGAAUGCAGUGCCAGAGUUUGUAGAGGACAUUCCCUGAUAUUUAACGCUAAGGUAGUUCCAUGAGAAAUAGGUUGUAUUUCCAUUUUAUAGUUUUUAAUGAAGUUAAUGCCUUCAGUUUUGUAGUCUAUUGAAAUGAAAUCAUACUUCACAGCUAACACCUGAUAUUGCUGAGUAGCCUCUUUAGGCCAGCAUGAACAAAGAUGUCAGAAAGUCUACUAGGUAGUUGCAAAAGUCUUAAAAACUCCUACUCAUACAGCAGUGGAAAACCUAGGAAUUGAAUAUCUCCCAAAUCUUACUGAGCCUGCAUGCCUCUCAAUGAUCGUCCAUCUGCUGGGCACAGUUCUUAGGCCCCAUUUAUGGUUAUUUCAUUAUCCUCACCUGUGUGCAUCUCUUAGCUCAGAAAUAAGUCCGCAGUGAGAGGGAGGGGUUUCCAGUUCUGCAGAAGGAACACAUGACUUUUGUUUUCCUUUAGCACAGAGGGAUAAACAAGACAUUGAGGACCAAGCAGAAUGACCUUCCUUUAUAGCUUAUUGUUACCUCUCAUUAAAAGAAAGACUUUUCAACAAUUUCCUUUUAAAAAAUACUUAUUGUAAAGAUGAUGAACAGGGAGGUAUGGUUCCAUAAGUAAGGUAAUGAGUGCAUUUCCUUUUAAACACUGUUACCCCUUCUCUCACUUAACAAUUUCUUGAUUGAAGAUAUUUAAAGAUAGAUGCAACUUAAAAUGUACAGAACUAAAACACAUCAUUUUUACUCUUCAGGUUUUCUAAAUAGACUUGAGAAAGAGCAGUAUUAGGUUUUUGAUCCUCAGAAUAUUAUCCUUUUAAGUAAAUGUCUCUCUCUUUCUUGUCCAAAAUGGUAAUGGUAUUAAAGUGGUUACCUAGUAUUUCUUGCUUUUUAAUACAGGCAUCCUUCCACCUUCAUCACAUUAGUCAUUGCUCAGGAGGUGCUGGGUUAAGUGGGCCAAUAGAAAAAUCUUUAAAGCAAAAUGCCAAAUUCAGACUAACCACAGGAAGUCAUUUUGCAUCAUUGUGACUUGUCAUCCUUUUGGAGGAAAUGUAAGUGCGUGCCUUGUCCUUCUGUAACCAUGGGAACUUCUGAAGGGAGAAGAAUGGCGGGACACCAUCAUGAGGAAAACAAUUACACUGCAUUAGUCAGGAGAGUGAUUUUCCCCUUGACUUCCUCCUCUCUGAAUGGAUACACUUCUGAAGGGCAGCUACCUUUUCUUCCUCUUAACCAUGGCUUAACGUGACCUUUGUUUGUAUCUGAAACACAAGCAGUAUUAUGUCAGUGGUGCCAGAAAUGUAUGUGCCAUUUCUCUAGAGUAAGCAUUCAGAUUUGUUUUAGACCUACAAGAUAAUCCUUGUUUUAUUCCUGCACUUGGCCCACUUAAAAGGAGUUGAGGUUUGUCAUACUUACAUGAAUUGCAUUUUCUUCAAGAUUUCCUUUUAUAAGUUCUAAAUAAACACAUUCCUGCAGGACAGAGAAAGUGUUUGAUAAAAGCAUACAAUUAUCUUUUUGGAAAUUGGAUUGUUGAGUCAGGAAAAGUGGUUGGUGAUCAGCUGGGGUUCUCACAAUUUCUAGAGAGCUGGGCUACCUUGCCUUGAGUAACGUUAUUUGAUGUAAUCUAGUUGUAUUGAAAGUUGCAGUUAGGAUGGCCAUUAUUUGAAACCCAAAGUAUCAAUACAAACUCAGCCCUAUGAGCUAGAACACAUUUCUAGAAGGAUGAGAUUUCCAAAUGUUUCUGUUUAACUCUUCACAUUACAAUCUUGUCAUUUUCUUCAAAACAGAUUGCUAAAAAUAAAAUGAGAGAGAGACAUUAAGUGGUAGAGGGAGGAAGAUCAGAGGCAACUGGAAGAGAAUGAAAAAAAUAGAGAAAAGCUGGCCUACGGCUCUGAAAAGAAGACAGGUUUUUGACCAUGCUCCCUCAGCAUAUCUAGUGGAGGAGUGCCAUAAAGUUUCCACAAAAAUAAUUAUGGUAAAUUAAAAGGAAAUUAAAUAUUGGGUCUCAGAUUAAGGCUGCAAUAACAUACUUCUCUGACUCAUACAGCUGUUCUGCCAGUCAACUAUUGUCUGAGCAUUGAAAAGAGGUGAGUGUGUGUGUGUGUGUGUGUGUGUGUGUGUGUGUGUGUGUGUGUGUGAAAUUCUCUUGGGUAGUCAAGGUUUUUGUGUAUAUAGAACAAUAUUUUUCAGCCUUAUCACCGUUGCCCAAAGUUUGCUGAGUUCUUGUGCCAAGUGCUCAGCACUGGCCUCCAAUUUCCAUUUUUCCCCCUUUUUUUAUGAGAUAGACUGGGACAUGACUAAUGUAAGCUCAGGAUUCGUAAAUUACCCUGAGGUUUAUUUAGUGCCUUACCUCAAUGGAGCUUAAAGCAUAGCACAUAAAUUUUAUCUUAUUUAGCCCUGGAGCAUCACUAAGAAGGAGCUAGGAACUAUGACUUGCCAGACAGGUUAUGCUCAUGCCAGAGAAAUGGAUAGGCUUGAAAAUUGCUUGUCAAGUAUCUCAGAGUCAGGAUAGACAGAGUCUCUGUGCUUUGGGCUACUGACCUUCAGAUUAACCUUUAUUCCUUAGGUUAUCCUAUUUCUUAGUAUAUUUACUCAGUAUUUUAUAAUCACUUGGCAUUUGUUAGCUAUCUUACUUGAUAUUUUAAACAUUGUCUCAGUUGCACCUUGAAUUAUGGGAGAAUAUGCGAUUGUUGCAUCCAACAACAUUGUCUUCACCAGUGGCUGUGCCCCACUGGUUUGAUAAAAGAUACUAUUGUAUAAUGUAUUCUUUUUAAAAUCUAAAUGGUCAUUGUUAUGAAACUAGUUUGGUUGUGUUUUCUCUCCCUAUUUGUGA